CAUACCCAGGGAGUCGAUUGGCAAUUUGACGAGACAGUGAUUCAAAAACAUAUGAAUCUUUUUGCCAAGCGAGAGAAUGCUCCUGAAAGUACGUGUAGAGAAGCUAACGAAAAGUUUAUGUUGGAGGUAUGA